GUUCAGCUACUUGUAACCAAAACUGCUUUGCGGUGCAUCUGUUGAUUUCAACACAGGGGUGUUAACAGCCUGCUUUCCUGCAUCUGUUCGACCAGAAAACCCAACAAAACAUGCGUCUGUAUCAAAUUGCGCGCUUAAAACACGCAUGCGGUGGAAAAACUGCAGUGUCUGCAGUUAAGGAAUGUAGCAAAACAGCGGGUGUUGUUUCAGGAUACUUGUUAGGAAAGUCAUGCACAGGUGUGUCCGGACCGUUUUAUCUGCCGAAAGUAAAGGCAAACAUUUGGCAUGGGUGCAAAUCGCUGUUUUAUACGACAAACAGCGUUUGUAACACACACCGGAAACAUGUUGUUCGUGGAUUUUCAUCAAAACAUGCGUACGAGGACGCGUUUGCCAUGGCACGGGAUAAACCCGAAAAGUUUUGGAGUAAAGCGGCGCAGGGGAUCAGCUGGUUUGAACAUUGGACCCAAACUCUGGAUAAUACAGAUACAUUGUUUCCAAAAUGGUUUGUUGGAGGGAAGCUGAAUGUGUGUUACAACGCUGUUGAUCGGCAUGUAGAGAACGGUAGAGGUGAUCAGGCAGCUGUGAUUUAUGACAGCCCGGUCACCGCCACUAAACAGGUCAUCACGUACAGAGAAAUGCAGGACGAGGUAUCGAGGUUGGCGGGUGUUUUGGCGAGUCACGGUGUGAAGAUGGGAGAUCUGGUGGUGAUUUAUAUGCCCAUGGUUCCUCAGGCCAUGUUCACCAUGCUGGCCUGUGCCCGUAUCGGUGCCACCCACAGCCUCAUAUUUGGGGGCUUUGCCUCCAAAGAGCUCUCCGUCCGUAUCGACCACGCUAAGCCUAAGUUGCUGGUCACAGCAUCAUUUGGAAUCGAGCCGGGCAGAAAAGUGGAGUACAUUCCCCUGGUUGACAAAGCUCUGGAGCUCAGCAGUCACAAACCGCACAAAGUCCUCAUCUACAACCGUCCUGGCAUGGAAAAAGUGUCCAUGCAUCCUGAUCUGAGCCUGGAUUGGGAGGAGGAAAUGGCCACUGCUCGACCUCACGACUGCGUGUCCGUCCCUGCUCAUCAUCCACUGUAUGUCCUCUACACCUCCGGCACUACGGGCACUCCAAAGGGUGUAGUCCGAGAUUCAGGAAGUUAUGCCGUGAUGCUAAACUGGACUAUGUCCAACGUUUACGGACUGGCUCCAGGUGAGGUCUGGUGGGCCGCGUCUGACUUUGGCUGGGUGGUCGGCCACUCGUAUAUCUGCUACGGUCCGCUUCUGCACGGCAACACCACGGUGCUCUACGAGGGCAAACCGGUGGGGACUCCGGACCCUGGGGCGUUUUUCCGUGUGAUGUCUGAGCAUGGCACGGCUUCAAUGUUUACUGCUCCCACUGCUAUCAGAGCCAUUCGCCAGCAAGACCCUCAGGCAGAACAUGGGAAGCGAUAUCCGCUCCGCAGGUUGAGGAACUUGUUUGUAGCAGGAGAACGCUGCGAUAUUGAAACUCUCGAAUGGGCCAAGAAGAAUUUCAGAGUCCCUGUGCUGGAUCACUGGUGGCAAACCGAGAGCGGCUCUGCGAUCACAGCCUCCUGUAUCGGUCUGGGCUGCUCACGCACACCCCCUGCUGGUACGGCAGGUAAACCUGUGCCUGGAUACAAUGUGACAGUGAUUGAUGAUGAAAUGCAGCAGGUGAAACCAAGGACUCUGGGAAAUAUCGUCGUGAAGCGUCCUCUCCCGCCCGGGGCCGCUCUCAAUCUCUGGCAGAAUGAAGAGCUGUUCAAAGACCUGUAUUUCACCAAGUUCCCAGGCUACUACGACACCAUGGACGCAGGCUUCAUGGACGAGGAGGGCUUCGUGUACAUCAUGUCACGGUCUGAUGAUGUCAUCAACGUCGCCGGUCACAGGUUAUCCACCGGUGCCCUUGAAGAGGCAGUUCUGCUUCACCCCGCUGUUGUGGAUUGUGCCGUGGUGGGGCUCGAGGAUUCUCUGAAGGGACACGUACCUCUGGCUUUAUGUGUGCUUAGAAACGACUGUCAGAAGAGCAAAGACGUACUGGUGAAAGAAAUAGCGAGUUUGGUCAGGGACACCAUCGGCCCAGUGGCAGCUUUCAGGAAGGUUCUCUUCGUCAAAGUUCUUCCCAAAACCCGCUCUGGAAAAAUUCCAAGAUCGUCUCUCGCUAACCUGGUCAACCGCAAGCCUUACAAGGUCACUCCCACCAUAGAAGAUCCAGAAGUCUUUAAGGACAUUGAGAAGGUGGCGAGAAAAACUCUCAAAGGAACUGGUAAAUAAUUCAUCACGAGACGUGGACCAACAACCACGUAUAGCGAGCCGCCACCUUCUACUUUCAAUGUCUGAUAUUUUGUGAAACUUAAAAUACCUAUGGUAAGUUUACUCCCUAUAUGCCAUAGUAUUUUUAAUAAUGUCUCCCUGUGAGUGAUACUAACACACAACUACGUCUUAAUAUGAGAAAUAUUCGGUUACGUCAGUUGGACCAAAUACUGUAUAGAAUUUUUACGGUAUAUCACGCGAGUCAUAUUUCACCCUAAAACGAAGAGGAAAAAAUAAAAUAUCCUUGUUUUCAGACUGUCAAGUUUUUCAUAUUUUUAUUACAGUUAAGCAAAUUGUUUUUUUAUUGUAAUGUGUCCAGAAGUGUUUAAUUUGAUUGAUCUGCAGGAAGGUGUUACGACUGAUGUUACGACUGAUACCGCUGAUUUACAAUGAUGUUUAAAUGCUACGGUUUGAUUUAAUCAUGUUAUUUUCAUUGAAAUAAUCAGAAUCGAGUUGCGUUUCUCCAACUUUUUCUGCCAUUCCCACUUUUGAGGUAGGGAAGGGUUCCGAGCCCCACCUGUCCCCAAUCGCCCCAACAAAAUGGAAAUAAACUUUAGGUCCACUGUCUGUCUUAGUGUUGUCUGCUGGUGCCAAAUUUCCAGUUUUCUUUUCAUUCCAUGUCACAAACUUAUCCAUUGCUAAAUUUUAUACCCGCUACCGCUAUGGUUCCACAAAACAUUUUCUUAGUAGUCUGAUGUUGUUUUAAGUAAGGCUUACAUUUAAAUGUGCCGUUGUUUUGUGUUUAUGGUCAAUAAAUAAAUAAAGGAAUUAAUAGA